ACCCAAAGCAGCGAGCCAGCGAGCCGAGGCGUUGUGGGUUUUAGAGUUGGUUUUUGCAGUUCAUCCACAAUUACAAAAAGUGAGCAAACAGAUUGCAGAGUGGCUGUGUCCUCCCGACGAAAUGGGCAGCGUCGAAACGUCGUCGUUGAUGAGGGACUUGCUCAAGCAGGCCGGCGGCGUGGCGGUGGUUGAUGGUGGGCUUGCCACCGAGCUCGAACGCCACGGCGCUGAUCUCAACGAUCCCCUCUGGAGCGCUAAAUGCAUCCUCACUUCCCCUCACCUCAUUCGAACGGUUCACCUUGAUUACCUUGAAGCUGGUGCAGAUAUCAUAAUCACAGCAUCUUAUCAGGCCACCAUUCAAGGUUUUGAGGCCAAAGGCUUUUCCACAGAAGAGAGUGAAGACUUGCUUAGAAAAAGUGUUGAAAUUGCCCGUGAGGCACGUGAUAUCUAUUACGACAGAUGUACUGAAGGCGCUUCUGGUGACAGUGGAAAUGGUAGAAUUCUCAAGCGUCGGAAAAUCUUAGUUGCAGCAUCUGUGGGGAGCUACGGUGCUUAUUUGGCUGAUGGGUCUGAGUACAGUGGAGAUUACGGUGAGGCUAUGACACUAGGAACAUUAAAAGAUUUUCAUCGGAGAAGGGUCCGAGUGCUAGCAGAAGCAGGUCCUGACCUACUUGCGUUUGAGACAGUUCCAAAUAAGCUUGAAGCUCAGGCUUACGCUGAGCUUUUGGAAGAAGAAAACAUGGAACUUCCUGCAUGGUUUUCUUUCAACUCUAAAGAUGGCGUGAAUGUUGUUAGUGGUGAUUCUCUCCUUGAAUGUGCCGCAAUUGCUGAAUCAUGCAAGAAUGUUGUCGCAGUUGGAAUAAACUGCACUCCUCCUAGAUUUAUUCAUGGACUGUUAACAUCAAUUACAAAGGUGGCUACAAAACCGAUAAUUGUGUACCCCAAUAGUGGUGAAAGCUAUGAUGCUGAUAGAAAGAUGUGGGUGCAAAAUACUGGUGUUUCAGAUGAAGAUUUUGUCUCAUAUGUAAACAAAUGGUGCGAGGUAGGGGCUUCCCUUGUAGGAGGCUGUUGCAGAACAACCCCACAGACUAUCAGAGCCAUAUACAGGACCCUUCCCAAUAGGUCAACAACUCCACCGGAGCAGUAACCACAUUGACUUCACAGAAAGAGAGCACCCAGCAAGACUGUGAGAAAGGCUUGUACUCAAGUCUGAAAAUGGCUCUUCCCGUGUGUGAUGGGGGAAGGAGACCUGGUAGGUGCCGUCAACAAAUUUGUUUAGUUGCGGAUGGAUACAUGCAUGGACAGAUCCAAGGGUUUCAGUUGUUUGCAUGCAACUGUGCUUGUGCUUAAUCAGAGCAGUUAUUUGUUGAAGACUGACUCCUUGUACAUUAUAAGCCAAUUUUAUUGCAACUCUUUCAUUCCAA